AUGAAAUUCAACCUGAGGGUUCAUUCAGAUGAGAAGCCUCAUGUGUAUUCGAACUGUGGAAAGAGUUUUUCAAAUCUGGACAAUUGUAAACUGCACCAGAAAAUCCAUAAUGAAGUGAAAAAUCAUGUGUGUUGUGAGUGUACGAAGAGCUUUACUAGAGCUCGCGAUCUGAAACAGCACCAAAGGAUUCAUACUGGAGAAAAACCUUACAGGUGCUCAUAUUGUGACAAGAGUUUCACUCAGUCUGGAAGCCUGAAAAGACAUGAGCGAGUUCAUUCUGGAGAGAAACCGUACCACUGUACUCAGUGUGGAAAGAAGAGUUUUACUGCUGCAUCAGGUCUCACAUAUCAUAUGCUCUGUCACUCUGGAGAAAAGCCAUUUAGCUGUGAUCAGUGUGGUAAAGAUUUUAUCUCAUCAAAACGAAAAAAGUUAAUUCAGAUGAGAAACCUCUGUUCUUUCUAUGGAAAGAGAUUUUCACUGCAACACAAUUUAAAACAGCACAACAAAAUACAUAAUGACCAGAAAGCUCAUGUGUGUUGUGAGUGUGAGAAAAGCUUCACUACAGCUAGAUAUCUGCAACUUCACCAAAGAAUUCACACUGGAGAAAAACCUUACAAGUGCUCCUAUUGUGAUAAGAGUUUCACUCAGUCUGCACACAUGAAAGUACACAAGCAAGUUCAUUCUGGAGGGAAACCGUACCACUGUACUCAGUGUGGAGAGAGUUUUAAACAUUCAAACUCUGUAGGGAAUCAUAUGAAAAAGAUUAGUCUGAAGUUGUCAUGA